AUGAAAAAUCUUAGCAUCAUUGAAGAAUUUGUGCUUCUGGGAUUGUCCAGUGACCCAGAUAUCCAGACCGUGCUCUUUGUUCUCUUCCUGGGGAUUUACCUCCUGACCCUGAUGGGGAACCUGAUGAUGAUCCUGGUGAUCAGGUCCGAUUCCCACCUCCACACCCCCAUGUACUUCUUCCUUGGACAUUUGUCUUUCCUAGACAUGUGCCACUCUUCAGUCACUGUGCCCAAGAUGCUGAAGAAUUUCCUGUCUCAGAAGAAAACCAUCUCGGUGUGGGGCUGUAUCACCCAGAGUUUCUUUUUCAUUCUUUCUGGGGGUGCUGAGGGCUGCUUGCUCUCUGCUAUGGCCUAUGACCGCUAUGCUGCCAUCUGCCACCCUCUGCUCUACACUGUGGUCAUGAAUAGACCUCUCUGCACUGCAAUGGUCAGUGCAGCAUGGAUGACGGGGUUUCUGAACUCACUAGUGAAUAAUCUUUGUAUCCAGAGCUUAAAGUUCUGUGGUCCCAAUAUCAUCUCCUACUUCAGUUGUGAACUGCCUUCACUCUUUCCUCUGUCCUGCAGUGAUCCCAUGGCUAACACCAUCCUGCUGGCUGGGUCUACUGCAUUUCUGGGACUUGUGACACUUCCCCUGAUCCUCUUUUCUUACUCAAAAAUCAUGUUUGCUAUCCUAAGUAUCUCCUCCUCUGGGGCCCGAGGCAAAGCCUUCUCCACCUGCUCCUCCCACCUCACCGUGGUGCUCUUGUUCUAUGGGACAGCUCUAUUUAAAGCAGAUAUACAAUCUGGCCAAAACCUCGCUGAUGGGCAGGAGAACGAGGUGAAGAGAAGGCCUGCGAGCUCAAGGCCACUGCGCUCGCCACCCGGGAGCCGUGGUGGGAACGACCAUCAGAACACUGAGGACACACAUGCAGGCGCUCGGGAAGGGAAAAGGUAUUUCGUUAGUCGUUCAGAAUCUCUGCGCCCCGCGCUGGAGAAAGGAGGUCUCGCGGCUCUGCCCCUGCCACUCUUUCCGAGGAAGUGGCCUGUUUCCCGCUCGCUGCCCCACCUAGCUCCGCGGUUAGCGACUCUUCCUCACCUCAGAUUCCUCAGCCGUCCGCUGGGCCGGCGCGCUCCUCUCCCCAGCCUCGCAGACGCAACCUUCCCUCUGGGUGCUCCUUUCGCUCUCUGGCCCCUGGCCUGA